UUCUACAUGGCUUCCAAAACACUGUGGAAUUAUGGUAGUUGCAGUAAUGAGGCUUUGCUCUCGUAUCUGGCUGCUACAAGGAAGAAUAUCUAAGAGACGAAUGUUUCAUAUUAUAAUGGUAUUUCUGCUUACUCUGCUUAUCAUUGGUGCUUCAUUAACCACUCUGCUCCCAAAAGUGAUGGAAAAUGACAUCAUCCUUUUUCAGAGGGAAACAAAACAUCCAUCUUUUCCUGAAGAAGCCUUCACGAUUGUGAUGCAGACCUUCAACAGAACAGAUUUGCUGCUAAAACUUCUGAAUCACUAUCAGGCUGUACCACAUCUUCGUGAAGUAGUCGUUGUAUGGAACAACUUGGGAGAGAAAGUUCCACGAGACUUGUGGGAGUCUUUAGGACCUCAUGCAGUGCAAGUCACAUUUGUUGAGUCUACUGUAAACAAGAUGAGAAAUCGAUUGCAACCCUUUCCUAGCGUGGAAACUAAAGCUAUUUUGAUGCUGGAUGAUGACUUGUUGAUCAGUGCUCAUGACCUGACAUUUGCCUUCUCGGUCUGGCAGCAAUUUCCAGACCAGAUAGUUGGCUUCAUCCCUCGGAAGCACAUUUCUAGUCCAUCGGGAAUAUACAGUUAUGGUAGCUUUGAACUGCAAAACCCAGAAAUGGGAAAUGGUGACAUGUACUCCAUGGUUCUCAUAGGAGCAGCAUUCUUCCAUAGAAAAUAUCUGAACUAUUUCCAGAAAGAGCCAUCAGCUGUGUACACUUUAAUUGAUGAGACUCAAAACUGUGAUGAUAUUGCCAUGAAUUUUAUGAUAGCAGAACACUUAAAGAAACCUUCAGGAGUAUUUGUGAAACCAGUGGACAUGCGAAAUCUUGAGAAGGAUGCAAUUAGUGGUUACAGCGGUAUGUGGCACCGAGCAGAACAUAUGUUGCAGAGGUCUUAUUGCCUUAACAAACUAGUUGAUAUAUAUGGUAAUAUGCCACUGAAGUAUUCCAACAUCAUGAUUUCCCAGUUUGGAUUUCCUAAUUAUGCAAAUCACAAGUCCAAGUGUUAAGAACUUACAAAUGUCAAUAGCAGAACUGCUUGAUUCAUUUUUUGUAUUCACUGUGCAUUAAGUUAAUUUGGGCAUUUUUCAGAGUGCUUUUACUGUCCUUUGAUGUCAUGCUGAUUUAAUAUUGUCAGAAACUACUGGGAAAGGUGUGUGUGUGUGUGUGUGUGUG